AUGUCUGAGGAGCGGGGCAUGAAGGAGCAAACUAUUUCGGAGAUGGCUCAGGAGAUGGCCCACACCACUAGCGAAGGCCUCAAAAAGCGCAUUCGUAAGCUUUAUACUUUCGAUGAGCUUCCCGCUUGGCAGAAGGACAACGAGCUCAUUCUCAGUGGGUACGUGCGCGAGACGAACUCGGUGAAGGAGUGUCUCCGCGCAAUGACCUACUUCAACAACGAGUCUAUCAACAUAUAUACCCACCUUAUCCCAGGUGUUGCAUACCUAGUACUCUUUUUGAUUUUCGCGGACUUGGUCUUGGCCCAGCUACUGCCGGGGUUGGACGCCGGCGAGCACCGGAUGCUUCGGUUCUACUUGUUGGGGGCGUUCACGUGCCUGGCGUGCAGCUCGUGCUUCCACUGCUUGAAACAGCACUCGGAGCCGCACAGCCGGCUCUGGUCGAAGGUCGACUACCUGGGGAUCCUCGCCCAGAUCACCUGCUCCACGAUCUCGCUUCUAUACUACGGUUACCACAGCUAUCCCUCACACUUCGUGUUUUUCAGCACCCUUACUGUGGCUCUUUGCAGUGCGUGUGCAGUGCUGGUCCUGAACGAUAGCUUCAACACGGUAGCGUUCCGGCCUCUACGAGCAUUUCUCUUUAUGGCAUUCGGAUUGAGCGGCGUUAUUCCCGUUCUUGCCGGAAGCUACCAGUUUGGGUUUGCUGAGUGGGCUGCUCGCAUCCAGCUGAAGUACGUCUUGUAUGAGGCAGUGUUCUACAUUACAGGAGCUCUCGUGUACGGAUUCAGAAUACCGGAGCGCUUUGCGCCGGGGAAGUUCGAUAUGGUAGGCCACUCGCACCAAAUAUUCCAUCUCUUGGUUGUCUUGGGGACGCUAUGCCACUUUAGAGCUGUUACCGGAUCGUACAUCUUUAUCUGCACAGGAAAGCACUAUUCAAGCUUGCUAAUGUUUAUAUAG